AAGUAGACCCGGGUAAGUAAUCGAUUUUGGAACAUGCUUAAACGUUUCCCGAAAUCAUUGCAUUCGAGCGAACCCUCUCAGCACCUUCCCGCCGGAAGAAAUGGAGACAAAACUAGCUAAUUUACCACUUAUGGAUAUGACAAGGGCAAAGGCUGAUCGUGAAGCGUUUGCCAAAGAUCUCGUUAAAGCCACGAGUACCAUUGGCUUUCUGCUCCUCCAGAAUGUCGAAGGAGUUAAUCCCGAUGGUCUGUUAGAGGCGUGUAAGUGGUUCUUUACUCAGCCGCUGGAAAAGAAAUUUGAAGUAACAAGGAAGAGGUGGAAUAAAAACUGCAAAAACGUGUAUAGGGGAUAUUUUCCAACCGGAGAAGACCCAAACAAUUCGAGCCAUAAAGAAGCUUUCGAAUGCGGCGUGACGCUACCAUCUGACGACCCCGACAUACUGAAUGGUAACAGGCUGUAUGAAAACCCUCAGUGGCCGAUUGAAGAAGCCAUUCCGUUCAAGGAAAUCAUAACAUCUUAUUUCAGAUCGAUGCACCAAGCAGCUGUUGACUUGAUUCGUCUCCUGGCUCUUGGUUUGGGUUUUGAUGAGCACUGUUUUGAUGAUAUGAUCGUAAAGAAGCCUUUGUCAACUCUCAGACUUCUACAUUAUCCCCCGCGCGGAGACAGCAUUCCCAACACUUGUAUAUCAAAUGAUGGUAAGAUUCUGACAUGCGACGAUCACCAUGACACAGGUUUGAUUACUCUUUUGGAAACAUUCAACAAUGGAGGCCUGGAAGUCAUUGGAGAAGAUGGUGAGUGGAUGGCAGUUGAGCCCAAACCUGGCAUUUUGGUGGUUAAUAUUGGUGAUCUCUUGGUGCAAUUUUGUGGAGGUCAUUUAAAGGCUACACGUCAUCGUGUUGUGGAUAUUGGAGUUGACCGUUACUCUGUGCCUUUCUUUAUGGAACCCAGUUACCACACUGACAUAAACAGGUCUCCAGUUCUCAAGGCUCCCCCAGUGGGUACCCCUGUGUACAAAUAUGGUCAUUGGAUGAUAGAAACUAUCAAACGCAAGAAAUUCAUUGAAUAUGAAGGAUUGGAUACAUCAUUUAACUGGCAUGAAAUAUAAUGAACUGCCAUUGUGCUUUGACUAAGGGUGUUUCAAGACAUUUCUAUCUCUGCAUAAACUCAAAUAAGCACUUAAAGGGUAGUUAGAAUUCAGACUGUGUUUACUUUCAGCUUCGAAAGGAAGGGACAGUCAAUCAUUGAUUAUUAGUAAAUGGGACUCAUUUUUUCAAACAGAAUAAAAACACCAUGGCUGCUUCAGAGAUAAUCCCACAAAAAAUUCACACUGGAAACUGACUUUUGAAUCAGGUGGUUUAGAAAUGCUGUUAUAGACCUAAAAAGGUGAAACAUUGACCAGCUUUGAGCAAAACUCUAGGAAUGAGGUCUGACAACUUGAAAAUAUGCAAUCUAACUGUUUCAAUGUAAAAAUAUGAAUAACAGAGGUUGAUGAAGUAUCAUAAUGAUUGUGACCAUAGUGAUUUGGAAUAAUGAUUUAUUAUACACCAGUUGAAGACAAAUUGAGUUCACAUACCACAUUACUAAGAGCUUGGUGUUAAAAACUCUAAUUUUCUCCUAGUAGAGGGCUAAAAUUUUUAUGCACCCUUCGCAUAUCAAGAUUUCUGUUGUGAACUUUGCUACAGGCACCCAUGUGCCAUUAAGUUAUAAUUAGUGAAAAAUUUAAGACUUACACUUAAAUUCCCUGGUCUUUUUUUAAAAUUCUUGACUGGUAAGAUGAUGUUUGUGAGUCAGUUGGCCACAUUGUUCUCUACUUGCAGAGGGUAACUUGCUAACAGGCCAACAAAUUAAAAAUGUUAGAGUGCAUCUGCAUAUCAUAUACUCAACACAAUAGUUCAGUUGUCUUCUCAACAUGGAAGGAGAGUACAAGUAUUUUUGUAUCUUUCGCUGAGGAGGUCUCUUUAUAUUUGAGUUGAAAAAGUGGAAGGUCUCCAGCAUUAAAGUGACAGGCCAGUUGAUGCUCAUAGAU